AUGCUCGCUCCUCCGCCUGCUGCGUCCGAUGGCGCCGCCAGCGCUGGCGGCGUCACGUGGCAAAGCGCGGCGGGAGAGGCGGCGGGAAACGCGGCGCAGCUGGCGGGGAUGGACGAAAGCAUGCAGGCGCUGCGCGAAGUGGUAGUGUGGCCGAUUAAGUACGCCAAAGAGGCCGCCGCGCUAGGCCUGAAGUGGCCUUCAGGGGUGCUCCUGUACGGCCCGCCAGGCACAGGAAAGACGCUGAUGGUGAGGGAGAUAGCUCGGGAGUGCAACGCACACCUCUUCACUGUCACGUCAUCAUCCAUCUUUGGGGCAUACGCAGGGGAGAGCGAGAGGCGGUUGCGCGACGUCUUUGACGCGGCCAGGGGGGGAAACGAGGGGGAUGUGGGACUGGAGGAGGGAGGUACAGAGCGAGUGGCAGGGGGAGGUGUGAGAGGCGGUUCGGAGGGGUUUGCAGAUGUGCGCCCAUCGAUUGUGUUUAUUGACGAGAUUGACGUGCUGUGCCCAAAGAGAGAUUCAAGCCCCAACGCACUAGAUGCCGCGCUACGCCGGCCGGGAAGAUUCGACCGCGAGAUUGCAAUCAACGUGCCGGGCACGAGGGAGAGAGAGGCGAUUCUCAAGCUGCAUGCGCGUUCCCUGCCCCUGCAUGCUGACGUGGACAUGCGCCAGCUGGCGGCGCGCUGCAAGGGUUACGUGGGUGCUGACUUGGCAGCGGUGUGUCGUGAAGCUGCUCUUGCUGCUGUCAUGGAUCUGGCUGCUGGAGAGGAGGAGAGGGGUGCUGGAGAAGGGGAGGAGUUAUCUGGAAGAAGGGAGGCGUUAUCUGGAGUAGGGGAGGUGGUUUCUGCGGCGCUCUCUCGUGUCGGGCCCUCGGUGACUCGGGGAGUGGCGGCUGAGCUGCCUGCUGUCACGUGGAGGGACAUCGGGGGUCUUGAGAGCAUCAAGAAACGAUUGCAGAUGGCGGUGGAGUGGCCCUUACAGCACCCUGAAGCCUUCCUGCGCCUCGCUCUCACCCCUCCCAGAGGCGUGCUGCUGCACGGCCCCCCUGGGGGAGGCAAAACAAUGCUCGCCCUCGCUGCUGCACAUGCCUCCAAGGCCACGCUCUUCUCUCUCAGCGGUGCGGAUCUGUUCUCCAUGUAUGUGGGCGAGGGAGAGGCGAUGCUGAAAGAGACCUUCCGCCUGGCUCGCAUGGCGGCUCCCAGCGUGGUGUUUGUGGACGAGGUGGACGUCGUGGGGGGCCGCAGCACUGCAAGCACCGCAACAACUGCAAGCAACACAUGGCAAGGCGAUUCAGACUCCACCUCCGCUCCCUCCUCCUCAUCCUCCUCCUCGUCAGUGCUGGUGAUUGCAGCAACCAACCGCUUCCAAGCCCUGGAUCCAGCCAUCAUUCGUCCAGGGAGGUUUGACUCCAUCAUCUAUGUACCACCCUUGGACGAACCAGGCAGGCUGCACGCGUUGCAGAUCCACACAUCAGCCAUGCGCCUCGCUGCUGACGUCAGCCUGCCAGCUGUCGCCUCCCGCACGGCGCUGUUCACCGGCGCUGACGUGGCAGCGCUGUGCAGGGAGGCUGCUUUGGCAGCGUUGAGGGGGAAGGUUCUUGGAAAUGGGGAGGGAGAAGGUCAAUCCGCAGCAGGCGAGGAUACAGCAACGGGGACCACAGGAGCAGCAGGAGAAACAGAAGCACAAGCAGCAGCGGCAGUGGCUGCAUCGAAUACUCCCCCGUGCGUUUCUUGGGAGCACUUUGACGCUGCACUGAUGGUGGUUCGGCCCUCGUUGACCGAACUGGAGGUUCGAGCAUACGAGCGAGAUGCAUAA